ACCGUUUCCCUCGAUGGACGGGGUCCAGUCGAGUGCUGGUGCGUCCUGAAAGACGGGCAGGUCAGUUUUGCUUGUUUGCCAUCCGUAUACCUGCAAUAUCCUUGUGUUUCGAUGGGCGUUGUGAGAUGAACCUUGAAUGCAGAGGAAAACUGACGACUGCAAUGGAACUGCAGCUCUGGAUCGACCACCCGGCCUUCCCCAUGCCGGGCCACAAGUUCACGGGUUACUACUUCACGUACCCUUCCGAGGCGCAACAGCUGGGGCUCGUCAGCACCAUCGCCGACGACCCGCCCAUGCUCAACUGGAUAUUUGUCGACAAGGACAGCGGUAUGGUGCGGCACGGCGGCCGGCAGGCCACGCUGGGCGGGCACAUGGUUGGGCCGUGGUACUGGACCGAUGACGAGCAGUGGUUGACGCUCGAGAAGGAUCCGUCCCGGUUUGUGGCCGUCCAGAUGGAAAAUAAAAAGUGGGCUAUUGCGUGGGAUCUGGAUGGAAAUUGCAGCAGCAAGGGUGGUGGAAGUGGUGGAGACGUUGAAGCGAGCGGAACGGAUUGUGAGACGGAGACAGGAAACCAGCAGCAAACGGCGGGUGAAAACGGACAGAAGACCACGCCCCGUCGUCCACGAAAAUGGGUCCCCAUCAUGCUUCACCGGAAGAUGCAGUUGGGCAUGGAGAGUCGCUAUGUCAAGGGAGCGAAUGGAUGAAGCUGCAUGAUGACGACGCGCGAGCGGAUGUGACGUUUUGUUGGUGUGGUGUGUAACUGUCCUGUCUGUCUUGGCUGUGGUGAGUUUCUUCUGUGAAACUGAUGUUGAGGAGAGGGGUUGGUGCGUGUAAGUCGGGGAACCGAGGCUCCGCCAAUGGCUGCGACAGCGAUAUCCAAGCAAUGCAAGUUCAUGCGACCACAUUGAACCAGGCGUUCAUCCAAUCUCAUGACUUGCCCGCGUACGCGAGAUGGGGCGGUGC